AUGGGAAUAGGGUUUGAAAUAAACAAAGGACUCGAAAUUAUCCAUACCUAUCCAUACACAACAAGACACAACCAACAAGCGAACCACUCCAACAAUGGCCUCACUCUUCACUCUCUCCCCUCUUCAUCUCCUUCCCCAUUUCUAUCCUCUUCUAAAACCCUUAAAACCCUCUCAAAAAAGUCAACUUUUCACCUCAAAACCAGACCUUUAUGUGUAAUUUCUCUCAACUCUUCACCACCGCAAGAGGUCCAGACCUUCUGGCAGUGGCUGUGCGACCAGGGUGUGGUCUCUGCCAAGUCUCCCAUAAGGCCGGCUACCGUUCCCGAAGGACUGGGGCUGGUUGCUCAGAGAGACAUUGGUAGAAACGAGGUCGUUUUGGAGAUUCCUAAGAAGUUCUGGAUCAACCCAGAUACGGUUGCCGCUUCCGAUAUAGGAAACUUAUGUAGCGGAUUGAAGCCUUGGAUUUCUGUAGCCCUGUUUCUGAUCAGAGAGAAAAAGAAAGAGGAUUCUCCGUGGCGUGUUUAUCUUGAUAUUCUUCCUGAAAGUACGGACUCAACUGUGUUUUGGUCUGAAGAGGAGCUUGUUGAGCUUCAAGGAACCCAACUAUUGAGCACAACAUUAGGUGUGAAAGAAUAUGUUCAGAAUGAGUUUCGAAAAGUAGAGGAAGAAAUACUACUUCCUCACAAGCAAUUAUUUCCUUACCCUAUCACAUCGGAUGACUUCUUGUGGGCUUUUGGGAUUCUAAGAUCAAGGGCAUUUUCACGUCUUCGUGGCCAAAAUCUUGUUUUGGUCCCUCUCGCAGACUUGAUCAACCACAGCGCCAGCAUAACCACAGAAGAUUUUGCAUAUGAGAUUAAAGGAGCGGGUCUUUUCUCUAGAGAUCUCCUAUUUUCUUUGCGGGCCCCUGUUUCUGUCAAGGCUGGUGAGCAGGUUCUGAUCCAAUAUGAUUUGAAUAAGAGCAAUGCUGAGUUGGCUCUGGACUAUGGGUUCAUAGAAUCAAACUCAGAUCGCAAUGCAUAUACUUUAACUUUAGAGAUAUCUGAGUCAGAUCCUUUUUUCGGGGACAAACUUGACAUUGCUGAGUCAAAUGGCUUGGGUGAGACAGCAUAUUUCGACAUAGUCUUGGGCCAACCUCUUCCACCAACAAUGGUUCAAUAUUUGCGGCUUGUGGCACUUGGAGGAACUGAUGCUUUCAUCUUGGAAUCAAUUUUCAGAAACACGGUCUGGGGUCACCUUGAUUUGCCUGUAAGUCGUGAUAAUGAGGAGCUCAUAUGUCGAGUGGUCAGAGAUGCCUGUAAAUCAGCUCUAUCCGGCUAUCGUACCACCAUUGAAGAGGAUGGGAAGUUGGUGGAAGGAGGAAAUCUUGAUCCAAGGUUGAGAAUUGCAGUUGGAAUAAGAGUGGGAGAGAAGCGGGUGCUGCAGCAAAUUGAUGGGAUCUUCAAGGAGAGGGAACUGGAAUUGGAUGAGUUGGAAUAUUACCAGGAAAGAAGACUCAAGGACCUUGGACUGGUCGGAGAACAAGGUGAUAUCAUCUUCUGGGAGCCCAAAGCCAUAGCCAUUUCGAGCUGACUGAGAACUGAAGCUGACAUCACAACAAAAGAGGAUCAUUUGAUCACGUCAGUGGAGGUUUCGAUAAGGAAUCUUAAGCUAGUCGUUUCUAAUUGAAGUGACAAGUUCAUAAACAGCUUGCUGGACUUCUCUAUUAUAAUCAGGGGUUAGAUAAUUUUAUGCCUGGGAAUUCCUCCGCUGAUGAUGAUAUUGGCAAUUUCAUUUAUAGCUUUUGUAUGUUUAGUUUAACAUGCAGUAAAAAGCAUAAUUUAAAUUAUAAUUUCUUUCGUCGUUUCCUCACAUUUUAUGAAUGAAUAUUUGUUUAAAAUUUCUGGAAGCAGGAAUUGACAUCGGCCAUGUACAAAGAAUGAAAGCUUCAAUGGAAUUUAAAGUAAUGCAUUUGUUUU